AUGACACUCAUCACCAUACAUCCAUACAAAAUUGGAUUUCUCUCGACAACACGUGUGAGGUGUUGUGAUGCUUUGCCCGAUGAGCUAACUGGUUUUGAACAAGUAAACUACAGGGACAUUCUUGAUGAUGUACUAGGUCAGAUUCUCGAAGUAACCCCCAUUGAAGUUGUAUCAGCUGAUGGGAAAGACACUGCCCCUAACAGUGUUGAGCCGGCCCUGGAUGAAUGUCUGCCGAUGGUGUUAUGGGGUAACUUUGCUACUGAUGUCAGUGAGGCUAUUGAAAGAGGCGGUGAUAAUGCAAUAGUUUGUGUUUUGCGGUUGCCGAAGGAUGAACUUCCAUUUGCUGUUGUUCAACCUAAGCCGCUUAUGCUGACAAAUGGAGUUGGGGAUAAAAAUGAUUUUUUUUUCAACACUCCUAGGAAAACCAUAUCUCAGAUGGUUGAAUUGAACCGGGUUGAGCAGUGUAUUGUGAUGUGCACAAUAGCAGCUAUUGAUUCCGAUAUGGGUUGGUAUUAUUUGAGUUGCAAUGUGUGUUCGAAGAAGGUAUUGAAUGUGCCUAAUGACACCAUUGACGAUGGAGAAGAUGAUGAUAAACUGGGAUUCCACUACUACUGCGGCAAAUGCAAGGUGAAUAACCCAAAAUACAAGUUGCAUUUGGUUGUGCUAGACAAUACCAGCAAUGCAAAUUUUUUACUAUUUGACAAUCUUGCACUCCAGUUACUUCAUCACCCUUGCAAUGAGCUAACUGGAACUAAUAUUGAUGAGAUGCAAGACCCGGCUGAUAUUCCUUUGGCACUCAAAGAUUUAGUAGGUAAAACCUAUCUAUUCAAGGUUGGCAUUGAGAAAGAAAAUUUUCUCUACAAGAAUGACACUUACAAAGUCUUGAAAAUUGUGGCCAACAUUGAGAUGGUUACCGAGUUUGAGGACUUGAGUCAACCAAAGGGAGAAGUGAAUACUUUGUCUUUGGAAAACUCUUUAAUUUCAGAUGGACCAGAGAGGUCCUUAAUGUUGUCUGGAGGGUCGUCCCAAGAAGCUGAAGCUAACGCACUCACUCCUGCUAAACGCCGAGGAACAACCGUUUUUAACUUGGAGGAACACUAUGAUGAGAAUUCGGUGAUAAGGAAUUCAUGUUCAACUCGGAUCAAAAAGUAG